CAAUCCUGUUGAUGGAACAUGCGAAUCUGUCACUUCCGGUUGAUGUUUAGAAAAACAUGCUUGUACAACAAGGCUGUAUAACAACAUUACAAAAUAUAUCUACGUUUACUUUAAUUUUGGAUUAAUCAAGAGCUUAACACAGAACUAAUCAUGAAACCUAUUAUGCUUCAUGGCCAUGAGAGGUCCAUAACUCAAAUCAAGUACAACAGAGAAGGGGAUCUUAUUUUUUCUUGUGCUAAAGAUUCCCAGCCCAAUGUUUGGUACUCUUUGAAUGGUGAAAGGCUUGGAACAUUUGUUGGUCACAAUGGUGCUGUGUGGUGCAUUGACUGUAGCUGGGACACAAGUAAAGUCUUGACUGGUGCUGCAGACAACUUCUGUAAAGUUUGGGAUUGUGAAACAGGUUCACAGUUGCACUCCAUAGAAACUAGGACUGCAGUCAGGUCUAAUGGGUUCUCAUACAGUGGCAACCUCAUCAUGUUUACUACUGAUAAGACUAUGGGCUGUAAUUGUGAAAUUCAUGUAUACGAUUUAAGAGAUGGUGACCAACUAGCUUCUAACACUCCACUGUUGACAAUACCUAUUGAAGGAUCAAAAAUAACUUCAGCUAUCUGGGGUCCAUAUGAGGAGUCUAUAGUCACAGGUCAUGAAAAUGGAGAAAUUUGCAUAUUUGAUAUAAAAUCUGGCAAGACAGUGCAGAGCUGCAAAGAUCACACUAAACAAAUCAAUGACAUCCAGCCUUACAAGGAUUACACCAUGUUCAUAACAGCUUCUAAAGAUAACACUGCCAAGCUGUUUGAUAUGGAUACUCUAGAGCUGAAGAAAACCUACAGAACAGAAAGGCCAGUUAAUUCAGCUGCAAUAUCUCCUUUACAUGAGCAUGUUGUGCUUGGUGGAGGCCAAGAGGCUAUGCAGGUAACAACCACUAACACAAGAGUCGGCAAAUUUGACGCUCGCUUCUUCCACCUAGUCUUUGAAGAGGAAUUUGGCAGGGUUAAGGGCCACUUUGGACCUAUUAACAGUGUUGCCUUUCACCCAGAUGGAAAGAGCUACAGCAGUGGUGGUGAGGAUGGCUACGUUCGUGUACACUACUUUGAUGCCAACUAUUUGGACAUUAACUUUGAUUAUUAAAUUGAAUUGUAAAUCUACACAUUUAUAAUAGAAAGGAAAAAAUAAAAAUGAUCCUUUCAAAAACAAA